AUGGACGGGUGGCAGCGGCUGGCGGCCGCGGCGCGGCAGGUGGAGGCCUCUGCCGCGUCGGUGGUGCUUGUGCAAGUGCAGGGCGGCGGCCUUCCGAGGGAUGCGGCUGCGGCCUCGCUGCCCAACGGCCGACAUGUUGGGGGGGCCAACCUGGAGGAGGGGGCGGUGGCGUGGGUCCGAUGGUGGGCGGAGCGGGAGGCGCGGGUGGUGGGCGCCCUCCUGCACGUGGCGCGGACCCACCACCGGGACGAGCGGCAGCAGCGCGUCGCACACGCCCUCGAUCCCGCAGCGGCAGCAGGUGUGGACGACGAGCUGGAGCUGGAGGAGGAGGAGGAGGAAGAGGAGGAGAGGGCGCUCGCGGCGCUGGAGGCCAGCACGAGGCGCGCCGAGGAGCUCGAGGAGGCCCUCUUCCGCCGCUCCGAAAUGCAGUCCCGUCGCGUGUGGGACGAGGAGGAGCAGGAGGAGGGGCAGGAGGAGCAUCAGCGGCUGCGGGAGGUGCUGCAGCAUCGGGACCAGAAGGUGAGCUCCUUCCUCGAGCUCCACGCCGAGCUGUUGCAGGUGGAGCGGGAGCUGGAGGAGGCCCGGCGGGCGAGGGCAGCCGAGGAGGAGGCCACGCGCCGUUUGUGGCGCCAGGCCAAGCCCGCCACGCGCGGCCGCGACGACGACGACGACGACGGCGACCAGGGGAAGCAGCAGCGGCGGCGCGAAGAAGACGACGACGGCGAUGAUCGGAUGGAAGAGGGCGAGGAGACGAGGAUGGUCGGGCGGGCCACGGGGAGGCGGGCAGUGGCGGCGUUGCAGGAGGCCGAGGCCGAGAACGCGCGCCUGCGGGAGGUGUGGCAGGCCCUCAUCCUCGAGAGCGGCCUCAACUGGGCCGCCGACGAACAACUGCGCGACGUCCUCUUCCGCCUCCAGUCCCCCCUCGCCUUCCUCCACGUCCCCGGCCCAUAG